UUGUGAUGAUUUCGUCGAGUAUCCAGCAUAGUUUCCAAUUAAAGCCGAUUUAAAAAAUAUUAAUAAAUAUAAGAAUUUUCUGUGUACGCUCUCUAAGUAUAAACAAGCUUUUUAAGUAUAGAUAAAAAUGUAUUUAUCUUCCAUUAGUUCACGAUUGUUACUUUAUGACACAAUCAGUUGGGAUUUAAAAAAAAGUUACGGCUGUUAUGAUGGUGUUAUGAGAGAUAUAUCUUGGAGCGAUGAUAGUAAAUACAUGUUACAGGUCAACUCAAUAGGUCUAAUUGAAAUUUUAAGUCCAGCCGAUCAUGAUGUCAGAAGCUUACAGCAUAUUCCGAUUAAGGAGACUUGGUCCGCUAGCUUUCAUAGAGACGGACACCGUAAUAUUGCUGUCGGUACUAAGAGUGGUGUUGUUAAAAUUUGGGACACUAAAACUAAAUCUGUAACAAAAACAUUCCCCACACCAUCCCAGCCCUCUUGUGUACAGUUUUUAAGUUAUAAUGCUAAGAACACAAGCUUAGCUGCAACUAUGAUGAGCGGAGAUACAGUAAUAUAUGGCCUUGUAUCAAAUAUACCAGUACUAACUGUUAAACUCACAUGUUCCAAUAGUAUUUCUGCAAUGAAAUUUCAUCAUGAAUCAAGGUCCUUACUAGCUCUAGCCACAGAUGAAGGUCACGUUAUUCUGAGAGAUAUAACAACAAAUAAAGAUAAAGCUUUCUUUGAAAAUAUUCACGCAUCACCUGUCAGCGAUAUCUCUUUUUCACUAAUUAAUAAGGAUGUGAUGCUAUCAAGCGGAUAUGAUAAAAUAAUACAAGUUUAUGACAUAAGAUUGCAAAAUGUCGUUUCAACAGUAAGGACAUCAUAUACACUAUCGUCCCUUGCAAUAAAUGCUGAAAAUCAAGUGGCCCUCGGAACUAAAAAUGGCCAUGUUUUAAUAUAUGAUUUGCGUGAUUUAACCAGCCCUUUUAAAUUACUAAAGGGCCAUGAGGAAGAAAUCACUAAAGUAGCUUUUCAGCCGACCAGAAGAAAAAUGGUCUCAGCAGAUUUAAGUCUAAGAGAGGAAGUAGAAAUAAAUUCACCCCUUAAAGUACAAUCACCAGUGAAAACACGAACAUCUGAUAUGUUUUUUGUUAACGACACUCCUCCAAAGCACAAUCUAGACGUAUCGACAAUGGGUACCGAUAACAAAGCCGAUUCCUUCCUUGUUAUGUUGGGCCUCGACAAAUCUAAUUUCGAUAUAGACGAUGAACAAAACAAAUCGUCAGAAUAUGAAAGAAAGAGCGACAAACACGAGAUAAGGUAUCGACAAUUGGACGCAGAAAAGAAUAUAAGUAAAGUGUCGACACCAUUAAAUAGUAGAACUGUUGAAAAUUUUGGUUUUCCCUCACCACUCUGUAUACCAAAUGGCUUUUCUGAUGAUAAAAGAGCGUCAAACAGUAACUUGUCAAAUAUUAAACUUCUCAAUAACAACUUACAAAGUACAUCAAGUAAUAUAGACACCAAAAGUAUAACGGAACUUAAAGAUUUUAUAAAACUAACUCUCUCAGACGUUGCUGACGAUAAUAGGAAUUACUUUCUUCACAUUAUGAUGGCUUUAACUAAACAAAAAUUAUAUCUAGAAAAACAGUUAGCUAAUAUGAAUCAGCUGGUACAAAAUUUAGUACAAAACCAGAACGAUCUUGUCGAAGCAAACAGAAAAUUGUCUCUGCAAAUAGAUCAACUUAAAUUGCAUAAUAAUUUUUAAAAAUAUUUUUGAAUCUCAUGAUAUAAAACUACUAUGAAUUAUGCAGCAAUUAAUAUUCAAAUAAGCUUUAAAAUGAUAUUGCCUGUAAUUAAAUUAAUAAGUAAAUAAUCAUUUUUAUUAUAAUGUGUAUAUUUUUAUUACAUACAAGUUAUCAAAUUGUUGAUCAAAUCUGUUACCAACAUGAUUGUUGUGCCAUUAAAUAGAAUCGUAGUUGAAGUUCUAUUUAGACAAUAUUUUGUAUAUAUAAUAAUGGAGUAAAAACAGCUUCAGUGUUUUUAAAAAGCCUUGAGUGACAACAGCAUAGCUGACGUCACUCAAGGUUUUUUGGUUGUUGCUCAUCAUACAAAUAAAACUCAUGAUAGUUUGCAAAGCUUCGUUUAUUAAACUGACAGCAUAACGUCGUCUUCACAGACAUCGGCGCUGUCGUGUUGCUGAAGCCCAAAUGAAUCUAGCACUUUGUUUUUUUUUUCGAAUUGAUGAGCUGUUGGCCCCAUCUGGCUUUACAGCGUCACCGGUUAGAGGGGCCGGGUAUUAUAGACAACGGCCGCGAAGGAAGAAUGGAAGUCCUCUAGGAGGGCUCGGGGAAGACGCUCGUCCUAAGGGUUUCUCCUAAAGACAUCGCACCUCGGCUUAGAACGUCAUUGGAGUGAAGGAGGCGCUGAGAGGGCUUAUGGAGGAUCAGCUAGGAGCCUAGGCGCGUACGAGCCGUCAGAACGCGGAGACCUCGCCCUCGCCGGCGGGGGCGGUGUGUGUGUCGUGUGUGUGAUAGUUUACAUGGCGCUUAACACCGUGAUCCUAUCGUCUAAUCCUAUAAUCUAGCACAAUGAGUACAGCCGUAUUUAUACUCUUCAUUGCACCUACAUGUGCAUGUUAAGUAUUUCAAUAAAUCAAACAUAAAUUUCGAUUUACUAUUUUAAAUAAAAGUUAUAACUUUAACAUUGUAAUAGUCAAUCAACAGCUAAUGAACUAAUUUUAAAACAAUGAUAAUUAUUAUUACACCGAGUCAGCUCAAUUGAUAAACUAUUGUUAUUGUGUCGACAUAUACGUAAACCACUGUUGCAAAUAUAUUUAAUUUUUGUAGUUAUUCGAUGCCUGUAAUAAAAAAUAAAUAGUACAGA